CCUAGAGAAGCAGGGACGUUUAAAAGGAGGGGAAUAGUGAAUGCGCUUCCUUUUGUUCCUGGCAGAGGAAUAAGCCUGCAGGUCAAUCUACGUUUAAGGCUGUAGCCUCAGGUCAUUUUAUCUUUCAAGCUGUGCCAGAUGCAACAACAGAAGGGCUGGGUCACCAGUGGAGUCCUACACGAGUGCACUUUGGUAGGAAGCUUCCAGUCAUGAGGAGGAUUGUACAUACGUUCAGCUGAAGGUGAUGACAAGGCCUCCUUCAGACCUCCUUGCUCGCUGAAGGUGGGAUUGGCCAGGUGCUCCUUGCCUAGUGGCUGGUAGCCUUUGAGGGCUCGGCUGUGUGUUUCACCAAGAGGGAGUGAGAUCUCCCAGAUCCAGAGACGAGGAAGUCAUGCGGGAGGAUCAGGAUGAUAAGAGCUCUCAGGGGUAUACUUUCCCCGCCUCCCAAGCAGGUGAUGGCCAGUUCAAUGAGAAAUCUAGAGAGCCUUUUGUGAUGUCAUCAGAAACAACUGAGGAUGAUGUGGGAAAAGAGACAACUCGAAAUCAAAGGAGACCAAAAAGGCACGCAAGAAACCAAUUGAAGAACGGGAUGAAGAAACCCUCUGUUUCUAAGUGCACUGACAUCCAUGAAGUCCUGAACCCAGAGCACAAAGGAAAGAGGUGGGAAAAGUAUCCUGUGUGUGCAAAAAUAUUCAAAGGCAAAUCGGUAUUAAACAGAAGCUGCAGAACUGACACAGCAGAGAACCAGUGCAACUGCAUGGAGUGUGGGAAAAACUUCAGACUGAUGAGAAACCUUACCUCACAAGAAAGACGUCACACGGGGGAGAAACCAUAUGAAUGCCUGGUGUGCGGAAAGAGCUUCAGUAGGAGGGAUAACCUUAAUUCCCAUCAAAGAACUCACACAGGGGAGAAGCCAUAUGAAUGUAUGGAAUGUGGACGGAGCUUCAGUGAUAGAGGAAGUCGAAAUAAACAUCAGAAAAUCCACACAGGAGAGAAAGCAUAUAAAUGUAUGGAAUGCGGAAAGAGCUUCAGUCGUUCUGAUCAUCUUAAUUCACACGUAAAAAUCCACACGGGGGACCAACCAUAUAAAUGCACUGAAUGUGGAAAGAGCUUCAGUCAGAGUGGAACCCUUGCUUUACAUCAAAGAACCCACACAGGGGAGAAGCCUUAUGAAUGUAUGGAAUGUGGAAAGAGCUUUAGUCGGUCUCAUCAUCUUACUUCACACUUAAGAACCCACACGGGGGAGAAACCAUAUAAAUGCAUGGAGUGUGGAAAGAACUUCAGUACCUGUGAAACUCUUUGUUCACAUAAAAGGACCCACACAGGGGAGAAGCCAUAUACAUGCGUAGUGUGUGGGAAAAGCUUCAGUCAAGGUGGAAACCUUAGUACACAUCAAAGAACCCACACAAGACAGAAGCCAUAUAUAUGCAUAGUGUGUGGAAAGAGCUUCACUCACAGUGGAACCCUUAACACACAUCAAAGAACCCACACAGGACAGAAACCAUGUAAAUCCUUAGAGCAUGGAAAGAGCUUUAGAGAGAGUGGAGCCCCUGCUUUAUAUCAAAGAAUCCACACAAGACAAACCAUCUGAACGCUUGGUGUGUGCUAAGAGCUUCAUUUGAAGUCUAAAGUUUAAUUCAUUUACAAUUUACAUCAGAGAACCCAUUGUGGGACAAAAUUACAUAAAUGUGUAGAAAGUUCAGCUUUUUUAUGUUUAGUAAAGAUCGUGUUGGCUUCUUACCAUUUUAAUUCCCUGCAUGUUUUAUUUUUGUUAAUUAAUUUUAUUGGUGUGUGGCCAGAAUAAACAAAUUCACUCACAACAGCUAAUGCAAUAAUAAAUGUGUUAGUCUCUCCUGUGUCAUAAGAAUCCUGUCGUACAUUGCCACGCUAAUUUUCAAAACAAAAAUAUGCAAAUUGACACAUAAUUUAAAUUAAUACUUAAAGAAGGCGGAAGAUAAACUAACUUAAUGGCACUUCUAGUUGCAACCACACCCAGGUCUUUUAUUAUAUUUUAUUAGUUAUGUUAACGUAUUAGAAGUAUGUAAGAACCUCUCUGAUUUAAUUAUUUUAAUUGCAAGAUUGGAAGGCACAAUUAAUUAAAUGUACUGGGAACUGA